AUGAAUUUACAUUAGAAUCAGUCAAAAAAAGAUUAGAUGUGUAUAAUAUUAAAACUUUACCUGAUUGUCAGGCUCUUGCUGAUGUUAUGGUGAUGCUUUGUAUUCGUCCUGCUGAACUUAAAACUUUAUGCAUUACAGAUGCUAGACAUGCUAUAUCAUCUGGACGAAUGGGUGAUCCAAGUAAGCCAGGAGUUAAAUGGUUUAAUAAAUUCUUAAAAGAUUAUGAUUUAAUUCCUAAAUAUUUACAUAAAUUAGGAGCAGUUUAUGGUGCAGUAGCACAUAAGGCUAAGAAUAUAGCCCAUGCUUAUACAAUUGCUAGAGAAUGUCUACGUCAUUCAUCUGAUAAUCAUACUUCUCCUGUGCAAAAUUAUGUUGUAGUCAAUUAUAAAAAAAGAGGAGUUCCUUAUGAGCAAGCAAGACGAUUUCAUAUCUAUGAUCAAGAUUAA